AAAUUCUCUCUCAACGACCGUAUCUCCUGUAGGGCCCAUCUCCACACGUUGUGUCAUCUUCUUCCAUAUAAUCCACCACCAUUAACAAACUCUGAACUUUCUCUCUCCUCCCCCCUCUUCUCCUCCACUUACACAUCUACACGUCUCCCCCUUCCCAACGGUAAUAUCACAAACAUUCAAAAUCCCUAAUAAAAAAAUCCCUAAUUUUGGAUUCAUGCAUUUCCCAGAAAUUCAACCUAGAUAAUCAAUCAAUUACUUAAUCAGCAAUCAAAAGAAUUCCGCAGGAAAUGGGGGUAGAUUACUACAACAUUCUGAAAGUGAAUCGAAAUGCAAGCGAAGAUGACCUCCGGAAAUCAUAUCGUCGAUUAGCAAUGACAUGGCACCCAGAUAAGAACCCUAACAACAAGCGUGAAGCUGAAGCUAAAUUCAAGCAGAUUUCUGAAGCGUACGAUGUUCUCAGCGAUCCUCAGAAACGUCAGAUCUACGAUCUUUACGGCGAAGAAGUUCUCAAAUCAGGGCAAUUCCCUCCUCCGCCUUCCGCCUCUCAUGGUGGCGCUUCGGCCUCGCACCACCGUCAGCGCAAUCAUCAUAGUGGAAACCCUAACCCUAAUUUCUCGUCAUUUCGGUUUAAUCCCAGAGACGCGGAUGAUAUUUAUGCGGAAUUGUUUGGGGAAGGCGGGGGUGGUGGUAGAGCUACUAGUAGAGGGAGAUCGUAUAGAGAUGGGUAUUUUCGGACGUCGAAUGGCGGCGGUGGUGGAGAAGGGGCGGGCCCACAGGUGCAGAGGAAAGGGCCUCCAGUGGAGAAUAGUUUGCCUUGUAGUUUAGAGGAUUUGUAUAAGGGUGCUAAGAAGAAGAUGAAGAUUUCCAGGACUGUAGCUGAUGCUACUGGAGCGGUCCGAACUGUGGAGGAGAUACUGACAAUUGACAUAAAACCGGGUUGGAAGAAGGGCACUAAGAUCACUUUCCCUGAGAAAGGUAACCAAGGGCCUGGUGUCAUUCCAUCAGACCUUAUAUUUGUGGUAGAUGAGAAACCUCAUCCUCUCUAUAAAAGAGACGGUAAUGAUUUGGUGGUUGAUCAGGAGAUAACUCUUCUAGAAGCCCUCACUGGAAAGACCCUUGAACUGACAUCCCUAGACGGAAGGAGUCUCGCUAUCCCUUUAAAUGAUAUCAUAAAACCUGGCGAUGAGGUCGUUAUAUCUAAUCAAGGGAUGCCAAUCUCAAAAGAGCCAAAUAAGAAAGGCAAUCUGAGAGUUAAAUUUGAUGUCAAGUACCCAUCAAGGCUCGCCGAAGAACAGAAGGCUGAUUUACGAAGAGUUUUGGGUGGAAGCUUGUGAAAGGAAUCAUUUUCCAUUGCUGUCAUGUGUAAAUACAGAACAGAUGCAAAAUUGUGAAUACUAGCAAGCAUGAAAGUAAUUGAAGGUUGCGAGUUUUCCACUCAGGAGAGUAGAUUAUUAUUAGGUAAGUACGAGUACGAGAACGUAGUAGUAUUAUUUUCAUCAGAAGCCUCAGUAUUUAUGUUGGUAGUGUUUUCUCCUGGAAAAGAAUGGGAUGAAAAGAUAGUCUAAUUGGAACAUUUUAGAUUUUUUUUUGACAGCAAAUUUUGUGCAUUGCUGCUUGCAAUACUGGUUUCUUUUUGUAUUCUGUUCAAGCCCGAAAAAGGAAAUUCUAUUCCCAGGUUUUGUUACAAGGAAACUGGAAAUAAUCAAGGGUGCUUGUGAUUGUCAUUGGCUUUGGAUAUUACCAACACUUUUGUGCUUA